UAUGUCAGCCUUCAUGAAAAACCGAAUUUGGCAAAUUUUUCGACAAAAAAGUUCUCAUUACACAUUAAUCAGAACGAUAAAAUCCACAAACUUUCGUCAGAAUGAAUCUCGUAUCGUUACUCCUGCUGUUGAGAAAUUGAACGGCGUCUUCCAAUGGUAUGAGGACAUGAUAGGGCUCUCCGAAGUGCGCGAAGCCCAAAACCAGGUCAUAGUGGCUGAGAAAGCAUUUCUGGAAGCUCAAGACAGGAGAACAGAACAGCGUGAUAUCCUCAAUGAAUUGCAGUUCAAGUUGCGUGACAUAUCGGCAGAGCUCGAUAAAGUAAAUCGCGGAGACCCAAAGUUUCUUAAAAUGAUUACUGAUCAGCAUGCAAUGUACAGACAAGAAAAUGCUGUAUCUGAAAAACAUGCAAUUUGUGAGAAGGAGGAGAGGGCCCACUUCAUGGAACUUUCAAACGCAGUACGGGAAAGCCAUGAAAAGGAACGUGCCAGGGCUGAACGUACCAAAUAUUGGUCAGUGAUUGGAUCAGUUGUUGGUGCAUUGAUUGGGAUGUCUGGUGCUAUGGUAAAUAACUACCUGCGGAACAGGGAGAUAAAGAAACUAGGACAAUCUGUACAAGAUAAGCAUGAAGAAAUCGAAUCCAUCCUAGUUGACUUCCGCUCCUCUAUUGGAGCAAUUGGGACAGGAAAGGAUGAGAUAUCUGUGACUAGCGGAGAAAAAGCUUUGGACAGUAAAAGAGCUAAAGAGCUCAUUGAGGCAAUCAAGGCGCAGGAUCAAAAUAUUGAGGUCAGACUUGGUGACAUAAGACAGUUGAUUCUAUCUGGCAGUCAGAACGUUGGUGAUGGUAAAAUAGUUUAUGUUGGACCAGAACUGGAAGGUAUGCUGAGUAACACUGAAAAGAAUUUGGAGUAUAAGAUAAAGAUCAAUUCUUUAGCAACUGUAGCCUUCGUAUAUGGAGCAUUUGCUGUAGCGCUGCCAAUAUUAUAUGCUAUAUUUAGAGGUGGAAACUGAUGAUCAAUACUGCUACAAGGCUUAUGGAUCUACUGUGCUUUAAAGUUGUUUCACUUCAUUGUCCAUUGGCACACUUGCAGUGACUCCAACCCUGAACUUGUCUGCUUGUAGUUGUUACCUUAUCUGAACUGAACUGAACUGAACUCUGCCAUACUGUAGGGGUGAAAUUUUCUGUAUACAAUAUCAAGUAUAGAUAUCUAAUCUGUACUUGACAGUAUGUCGUGACCAUUGCACAAAUAGGGGUGGUAAGCCACGAAAGUGCAUCAAAACUGACAUGACUGUGUAUUGUCAGAGAUUGCUCAAUACUAGGCCUGGUGACUUGCUGCCUCAUUUGGUGUGAUGGAUCACAUAUUGUUGUUGAUUAUGUUAAUUUGUAUAUGAAAUAUACUCCA